ACUUGUGAUCACGGUGCCUACUGUACCGUGGGGAGGCCAGUGGGAACCCUACACUACGGAGCUCUCGGCCCGGCCCGGCCCGGCCCCACGCUAUGGAGUUCCUUUGGGCCCCUCUCUUGGGUCUGUGCUGCAGUCUGGCCGCUGCUGACCGCCACAUCGUCUUCUGGAACAGUUCAAAUCCCAAGUUCCGGGAGGAGGGCUACACCGUGCACGUGCAGCUCAAUGACUAUCUAGACAUCAUCUGCCCACAUUACGAGGAGGACUCUGUGGCCGAGGCUGCCAUGGAGCGCUAUACACUGUAUAUGGUGGAGCAUCAAGAGUAUGUGGAAUGCCAGCCCCAGUCCAAGGACCAGGUCCGUUGGAAAUGCAACCAACCCAGUGCCAAACAUGGCCCAGAGAAGCUAUCUGAGAAAUUCCAGCGCUUCACGCCUUUCACCUUGGGCAAGGAGUUCAAGGAAGGACACAGCUACUACUACAUCUCCAAACCUAUCUACCACCAGGAAACCCAGUGCUUGAAGUUGAAGGUGACUGUCAAUGGCAAAAUCACUCAUAGUCCUCAGGCGCAUGUCAACCCCCAAGAGAAGAGACUUCUAGCAGAUGACCCGGAGGUGCAGGUUCUGCAUAGCAUUGGUCACAGUGCCGCCCCCCGCCUCUUCCCCCUAGUCUGGGCUGUGCUGCUCCUGCCACUGCUGCUGCUGCAAACUCAGUGAAGGCAUAUGCUUCACCUGGCUUAAGGAUUGGAGUUGGGCAAGGGGCAGGGAGAAGCACCCCAAAGCUCCGGCCCUGGGAACCUCUCCCACCACACGUACAAGCUGCCACUUUGAAGCCUCCGAAGGUUCAGUAUUAAGGGUUUCAACCCAAAGGAGUUUCAUCGCCUGACUGUGCCAUCCCUGCCUCCACUUCAGAGGGAUGGAGAAGGAAGUGGGGAAGGCCUUUUCCCUUCCGUUUCUACCUUUAAGCCAAAGAAACAGCUGUGCAGACCCGGCCCAUUAAGAGGGCCCAAUGGGAGAUGAGAAGGAAGAGCCUGUGCUCAUGCAGCUGGACUCUGAACUUGGUAAAGACGUUCUUCCCCAAGAAAGCCAUGAUGUCCAGACUGAAAGAAAAGCUUGAGACAGCUUCCUGCAUGGGAGCCAGGUACAGGAGAGGCAGCGUGACCCAGCAGCUCGACAAGCCUGCAGGCUGCCAGAGAGGUGUGUAGCCAGGCACUGACUGCGUCUUCCCCAUCCCAGGGGCAGCAUUCCUUGUUGCUGUGCCAACGGGAGGACUAUAUCAGCCUGGCUUUAGAGUAUAGCUAAGGGCAGGGCCCUGUGUACAGUCUGUGUAGGGUGUAGCUUAAAGGGCAGGACCCACAUGUACAGUGUCUGUGUAGAAAAUGUGCUGUGUCUGCUCAUUUCUAAAACUGGAGGGCUUUUUUAUAUAAUGUUCUUGAAUUCAGAAUAAAGUAAUGUUUUUGUUUUUUUA